AGUCAUAUUCAACAUCAUGUGAUAGAACUCUGAUAUUGAAAACGAUGUAUAUAGUCAUAGUGAACUGUCAGGAAGUCGCGGUUUGAAAUUAAUGUAAAUCGAAAACGGUAUUAUUCGGAAGGACAAUGCAUGACGCAUAUGAACCUGCUCCGAUCCUUGAAAAACUGCCACUGAGCAUCGAAUCCAUCGCUUCUUAUGAGGAUGUUCUGUUGGUUGGGACAAAACAGGGACAUUUGCUAGUAUAUUCUGUGAAAUCCACAGGCUCAGAGACAAGAUUUGAUGUCUCCCUGGAAAGGUCCAACAAGUCCUUCUCAAGGAAACCUAUACAGCAGCUGUCUGCUGUUCCAGAAUGCAGUGUUUUAAUUAGCCUGUCUGAUACCGUUGUUAGUGUCCAUGAUCUGACUGUGUUUAAUCAGAUUACAUGUGUUAAAAAAACAGCAGGUGCCUCUUUAUUUGCCAUAGACUUACAGAAGGAAACUUCACUUACAGGAGAUGUAAAACAUACACUCAGAAUGUGUGUAGCAGUAAGGAGAAAAUUGCAGUUGUUUUAUUGGAAGAACCGAGAUUUCUAUGAGUUACAGAUUGACCUGAGUGUUCCUGACAUUCCUAAAGCCAUGGCUUGGUGCAAGGAUUCCAUUUGUGUGGGUUUCAAAAGAGACUAUUUCCUUAUUAAGGUUGAGUCUGGUGAUUUGAAGGAGCUCUUCCCCACAGGUGCUCGUAUGGAGCCUCUAGUCACCAAGCUGUCUGAAGACAGGCUAGCCCUGCAGAGAGAUGACAUGUCAGUUUUCAUUAACUCAGAGGGAAAUCCCGUUUUGAAAUAUGGUCUUAACUGGUCUGAUAUUCCAGCCAUUAUGGAGCAUCAUCCUCCAUACAUCUUGGCAGUUCUUCCAAAAUACAUAGAGAUCCGGACAAUCAGUCCAAGGACACUCAUCCAGCAGAUUGAACUUAACAAGCCCAAAUUCAUUUGCAAAGGAAGCCAUGUGUAUGUGGCAUCUAGUAACUAUGUGUGGAGAUUGGCCCCCAUUCCAAUCACCAGGCAGAUAGGGCAGCUGCUGGCACAGAAGGAGUUUGAAUUGGCAUUGGUGCUUGCUAAUAUGACAAAUGAAGAAGAAGCAGAAAAACAAGUCAGGAUACAAAAGAUUCAAAACCUUUAUGCCUUCAAUUUAUUUUCCCAACACCGUUUUGAAGAGUCCUUAAAAAUAUUUGCUGAACUGGGCACUGAUCCUGCUAAUGUAAUUGGGUUAUAUCCCAAUUUGUUGCCAUCAGAGUUCAGGAACAAAUUGUCCUACCCUGACAAAACUCCGGAUUUAUCUGGGGGAGAAUUGGAGAAAGGGAUACUGGCCUUGAUUGAAUAUCUCACACAGAGAAGGAAUGAACUACAGAAAGAUUUAUCUGUGUCAAAGGAGAAAGAAUUGGUAUCAUCUGCUAUAGUAGAAGGCAGCACAACUAUAAAGUCCAGAAAACAGCUUGGACAGAUCAUUGACACCACUUUGCUCAAAUGUUAUUUACUGACCAAUGAUGCUCUUGUUGCUCCUCUCUUGAGACUGAAAGACAACAACUGUCACCUGGAGGAGAGCGAACGUGUUCUGAAAAAACAACAGAAAUGGAGCGAGCUAAUCAUCCUUUAUGAAAGAAAAGGCUAUCAUAAAAAAGCUCUUGACUUGCUGUUGAAGUUAUCUGAGAAAGACUCUGGGUCACGCUCCUCACAGUGGGCAGGGCACGAGAGGACCAAAGACUACCUCAUGAGACUGGGUGGAGAACACAUAGACAUUAUUUUUACAUAUGCAAAGUGGGUUCUGCAAGCAUCUCCAGAGGAUGGCUUAGAGAUAUUUACAGCUGAUACAACAGAAGCAGAAGGGUUGCCGCGUAAAAAAGUACUAGAAUACCUGGAACACAUCUCAAAGGAUUUAGCUAUGCCAUAUUUAGAACAUAUCAUAGUCACUUGUCAUGACCAGACACCAGAGUUUCACAAUAAGCUUGUGAAUUUGUACAGAGAAAAGGUGCAGGCACUUAUGACAGAAUAUUUGCAGCAGUUACCAGAAGGUCAGCUCCCAGCUCAAGCAGGAAAGGAGCCAGGAGAAUUAGGAGAACUAAGGGAAAAGUUCAUCACUUUUCUAGAAAUGUCUGACAAAUAUCAGCCAGAGAGACUACUCACUCAUUUUCCUUUAGAUGGAUUCUAUGAAGAAAGAGCCAUUUUAUUAGGUCAGUUAGGGAGGCAUGAACAGGCACUUUAUAUCUAUGUGCAUCUUUUGCAAAACACAAGGAAGGCAGAAUUGUACUGCAAGAAGCACUUUGACAAAAACAAAGAGGGUAAUAAGGAGGUGUACCUCAUCCUCUUGAAGAUGUACCUCAGUCCCCCUGACCCUGCCAUGAUGCGUGUCAUGAGUCAAGUCAAUGUUAACAUGGAGCCCAACACACAUCAGGCUAUGAAACUGCUGGAGGAACAUGCUAGUCAGAUAGACACAGUCAAGGCACUGGAGUUGCUACCCACCACAUCUAAGGUGAAAGAAAUUCUUGUAUUCCUUGAAAAUGUCUUGGAGGAUCGAGCAGCAGAGAAGAGAAAUGCUCAAGUUCUCAAAGGACUCAUAUUCCAAGAACAUUUAAUGGUUCAGAGUCAGAGAAUGUUUUACCAAAAGAAAAAAUGCAUUAUAACUGAAGAAAAGAACUGCAGAGUUUGCAGGAAAAGAAUAGGCAACAGUGCCUUUGCUCGAUACCCCAAUGAGGUGGUGGUCCACUACUAUUGUUGUAAGGAUCCAAAUGUUUGCCCUAACAUAGACUGAUGGGACAACAGACUUCAGCAACAUCUUGUAGACUCUGGAAGGCCCUCAUUAAGAUGAAAAAAAACAUGUCAUUAAAUACUUUUGGCAACCAAUUGUUACCAAAAGACUUGAAAAGUCUGCAGCCUACAAGUACAUGUACAUUUGUAUAAACCGAUGGACAAUGGAUGUUAUAUCUGAUGCAGGGAUUGGUAAAUAUUUGUGUUGUUUAAAACACAUAAUUGUCUGUGCUGCCAUAAUGGGCGUGUGAGCUCAUAGUGCAAUAUCCAAAAAUGUUGGCAAGUAGCAAACAUUUUGGUAUCAAGAUCACAGUAUAUAUUCAUACAGGCUGAACUGUCACAUAGACCUUUCUCACAUUAAGUGGAACAGUUUCUUGUACAUGUUUAUAUACAUAAGCUAUGGGAGGUUUCUUUUAAAAGCCACACUGUUCUGAUCAUAAUAGUUCUGGUUAGCUAACAUAGGGGCUCUGUUUAAGUUCCUUUGCUAUGUAAUAGCCAGGCUAUUAUAUUGUCAGUCUCUCAAACCGAAAUGUACAGGAAAGUAUACCAUUCAAUGUGAAAAGGGCCUUAGGAUGACAGUUCAACUUGGAACUCUUUCUUGUGCGUAUCUGUUGGAUUACAAGUGAACACCAUGCUAACAGUCUGUCCUGCCAAAGACAGAAAGGGUUACAUGUAUCUUCAGUAUUCACAAUGUAAAUUGUUUAUCAUCUAUGACUACAAGUCAGUUAAUAUCUCCCUAGGGAGCAACAAUCUCUUUGUUGUGGUAGCAAGCAGAUGCUCCCACAGAAUGGACUCUCCAUGCUCACAUCUGAUUAUAUAUAGUCACGGUAUGAUGACAUUUUAAAAGCUGGAUUUCAGUAAUAUAUCUGUCCUUUGAAUAACACCACAGUGGGUUAAGACCCCAUUCCCAUACCUAGAUUGAUCUAGCAGGAUCGACCCAUCUCUUAGGGGUUUCUUGCUAAAUUACA